UCUCUUGCUUGUAUUUACUCCAACUCAAACGAUCAUCGACGCGUAAAGUGUGAGUUUGUGAGUGGUUUGAAAAUUGAGUGUGUGCAGAAGAGUGAAGACGAUGAGCGAAGAGCGAUUAGAAGAAGACUGGGACACAGAUUUCUUGGAGCAAUUGAUCCAAGUAGAAGAGCAAGCCCUCUCUUCUCAGCACCCCAAACCUUCCAAACCUCCUCCUCAACCCCCCCAUUUGCUGCCGUCUUCUUCUCACUCCAAUCCCAUUAGGGCCAUUACCUACUCCCCUCCGCGAGAGCUCACUCAGAGGUCCUCUUCCAAUGGCAUUUCCUAUUCUGCUCCUCCUCCUCCUCCUUCUUCCAGUAGCUGCCCUGAGCUUGAGAAAGAACUCGAAAUUGCCCGCUUGAAGAGGGAGCUAGGAAAUGUCUCGGAGAAGCUUUUGCAUUUGGAAAAAGAGUUCUCUGAACUAAGGAAGGAAAAUGACAAAAAAGAUAAACAGCUUAGACUUGUAACUUCAAUGAAUGAAAAGAAAGAUGCAGCUGCUAGGAACUCUGAGAGUACAAAUUUGUCCCAUGGCAGCCGGAAAUCUGGAGAUGUCCUGGUCAAUCAUGAGGUUUCUCGACAAUUUCAAUCUGCAAUGUGUUCAAGUGAUCAGCCUGGCUCUCGUAUUAAUACUGAUGUGCGAAACUCUAAAGCCCCAGGCGUUCAAACUGAUGAAAUUGGUGCUGUUCCCCAAGCAAUCUCACAUGAUGAUCUGCAGACAUAUGAUGACCUCUCCAAGAAAUUACUAGCUAUCUGGGGCUCUCCAAAUGAGCAAGAAUUGGGAAGAAAUCUAAUUUGCAAUUUGCUUAUGGCUUGCCAAACAGAUUUCCAUUUUCUUUUUGGGUGCAUUGGUAUGACAAUGCCGUCCAAAUUAACAAUGGACAAGCUGGGAGAUGAUAGCUCUUCUAUUGCAGCUUCAAAGUACUAUUCACAAAUGUCUCAUACUCAUACUCCAGAAGCUGAAAUGGUGUCUCAUCUUUAUUCUGUCUUGACCAAGGCUAAAAGUGGGAUGGUAAAGUUGGAGGAUUUAUUUCAACCAUUAGUCAACCUCUGUAGUCUUGAAAAUGUUAUCAUUGUUCAGGCGUCUCUACAUAUACUGCAUGUGUAUCUGAAGCACCUGAUUAGUCUGGAAAGGCAAUUCGAGGGAAGGGUCAAUGUCAUGGUUGAAGGACUUCACUGUAGAAACAAGAUUGUAAAUCCUCAUGGAUCUGAAGGUGCAAAUAAAGGAGCCUUGUUUUGUGUGAACAUGGAUCAGAUGUCUUAUGCAUGCUCACUUGGAAUGAAAUUUUCGUAUCCCGAAACUCAAAGCAAGAAUGGAAUUUGGAAUAAUGGCAUUGCAACUUUGUUUUCUCAUAUAGACUGGGUUUCUCUCUUUGAGGUGAUCCUACAAACUGCCAUGAAGAAUUCAAAACCAGGUGUAAGGCUAGAAGCAGUCUCUAUUAUGAAUAUGAUUAUAAUGAGAAGUAAUCCCUUUAUUGAGAGGGAAAAGUUUGGCCAGACACUGGUAUUUGAAAUUCUUUCACAUUUGCUUACAAAAGCAGCUGGUUUUGAGGUGCGAAUACAAGCCGUGCAACUUCUAUAUAUGCUACUGAAUUGUCCUAAAAUACUGGUCAAGUUCUGUUCAUAUUAUAAAGAUGGGAAGGGUGCUGGUGCUAUGGAUGGUGAUGUAGGAGAUGCUUCAGCUUUCCAGAAAUAUAGUAUGAUCCUUCAAGGAUUGGCAGAUUGUAUAGCUUGCUGUGGAAAUGGUUUACAGGAACUGAAACUUCGCAGAAAUUCUAUUCUUUUGCUGGCUUUCCUAUCCUCAUCUGAAAAAUCUGGCUUCGAAAUACUUGUGGCUUACAAGCUCUAUCAAGAUGCAAACUUUCUAAUGUUGAUUUUACAAGUUUUGAUAUCAGAGGUAGAUAUAGAAGUAGCAGUUAAUGCUGAUCAUGCACAGGUUUUCAAAGAGAGGACCUUGCUGAUGCGGGAGGCUCUAAUACUACUUAACAGGCUGGUAUCAAACCCGAUGUAUUCUGCUACUGUCUUGCGUUUAUUAACAAAGAGCAGAGACAUGGCCAGCUUGACCGUCGAUGUUGCAAACAGGUUGUCCAGGAAAGACCAGAUAUGUGACAAGUUUGAUGGCAUUGCAAGGCAGAUGCGGGAGUCUGAAAUUGUAGACCUAGCUCGAGUGUUUAAGAAAAGGGUGUUCACAUAUUUAGGAGAUAACCUAUCAUAAAAGGUCUUGUGCCCGUUUGGUUAAAUUUAUUUGUAUAUUUGUAUGUAUCAACAGUAGACAUGCAAACAGUUGUCAUCAGCUGUAGAGUGCAAAGUCUGGUGGCAGAGUUAGGUACGGUCAUUCUUUAGACGAUUAGCCCCUCAGCUGGAAAUUUUUUGAUACACCGGCACUGGUUACUCAGUUGGAAAAUUUUGACAGGUAUCGGUGGAUAAUAGAUACGAUUCCAUAUUACCUUUGUAAUGAUCAAAUUCCUCCUUAAAGAAAAAGAAAUGUAGCUUCUACUGGU